AUGGCGACGAGGAGGAAGCCGAGCAUGGGCCGUCAGAAGAUUGAGAUCAAGCGAAUCGAGAGCGAGGAAGCCCGCCAGGUGUGCUUCUCGAAGCGCCGCGUCGGGCUCUUCAAGAAGGCCAACGAGCUCUCCAUCCUGUGCGGCGCCGAGAUCGGCGUCAUCGUCUUCUCCCCCGCCGGCCAGCCUUUCUCCUUCGGCCACCCCUCCGUCGACUCCAUCAUCGACCGCUUCCUCUCCGGCGGCCCCUCCCCUCCGACUCUAGCCUCCGCCGACCGCCGCAUGCCGGCGGCGCGCGAGAUGAUGGUCGUCCGCGAGCUCAACCGCCAGUACACGGAGCUCGCGGCCUUGCUGGAGACGGAGAGGAGGAGGAAGGUGGUGCUGGAGGAGGCCGUGAGGGUGAAGCGGGCGGGGGAGGCCGCCUUGUGGGGUGCGAACGUGGACGAGCUCGGCCUGGGGGAGCUCGAGAGGCUGCACAAGUCCUUGGAGAGGCUGAGGAGGGACGUGGCGAGGUGCGCCGACCAGCUCGUCAUCGAGGCCGCGCAUGCUCGGAGCUCCAGCAUCGCAGCGGCGAGUCGCAGUACUGCUCCUCCUCCUCCUCCUGGUAUCCAUCUAGGCUUUGGUCGUGGAUUGGAGGGGAGCAUGGCGUUAAUUCUUCCUCCUCCUCCCACUCCCACUGCCUUUGGUUACGGCCGUGGGCUCUUUUAG